AUGCCGAAGGAGGAGUGUAAGUUAUCUUCAGGCUGUAAACAUAAAGAGCGUAAGCCGAAGAAGCCGCAUUAUAUCCCGCGUCCCUUUGGCAAACCGUACAACUACAAGUGCUUCCAGUGUCCCUUCACCUGCAUGGAGAAAUCACACCUGUACAAUCACAUGAAGUACAGCCUGUGCAAGAACUCUCUGUCACUCCUCAUCGAGUCUGACUGGCCCUAUAAAAAAGGCAACCUGCUCCCAUCUGAGCAGCUCCGCAUGGAGCAGGGCAUUGUGGGAAAUCGCAGUUCGGACCAGGAGCGGGAGCAUGUGGAGCAGAAAGGAGGAGAUGACCUGCACCUCAGCUUCAGCGAUGGGCAGGAGAUGGAAAUGGAAAAGGCUGCGGAAACUCGGAUGGAGACAAACAGUACAGCCAAUCAGAGCUCAGAACAGCCAGAAGAAUCUCCUAAGGUUGGGGCCAAGCAGGAGGCUGAGCUUAUCAUGGCGGAUGUGUUCUCGCUGGAAGAGCAGCUGUUACGAGCACGCUCAGUGGAGGUCGAGUCAAAGCUACGCCACUACCGUCUCUCCAAAACGCGUUUGCUCCUGUCUGAGUCAUUACCCUGUUACCCUCCCACGUUACCACCUGGGCACCUCAACUGCCCUGAUGCUCCACCCCUCAACCUCUCUCUGCUUGGAGUCGGUUACCCUCUUAUGUCUGACCUCUUUUCCUAUCUUAACCCCAGCCUCAGUGCUGCUGCAACAUCGUCUAAUUCAGCGCAAGUUGGAUCUUUGCCAUUUCUAGCUUCAAAAGCUCAGCUCACACACACUCAUACACACUCAGACCGCUCAGUACUUCCCCCACGCUUUUAUUACCCAUUCCUGUGUGAGCACACAUCAGCACCAGACCCCAGUAAAGCCAUUAAACCCACCACCUUUACCCCCAAACUCAACCUGUGGAAGUUCCCAACACUGCGGCCUGCAGGCUCAACUGAAGCCUGGAGCUCGCCUGGCAGCCUGAGUCCAGAGACGGGGCCUGGCACUGGGGAGAGGAAUCAGGGCCGAUGGGGGGUGGAACAAGGCGUGAAAAAAGCAGUGGCUUCUCUAGACUCCCAUAAUGCACCUGCAGAGAAAAAGACAGCAGCAUCAUUUCCGUUUAAUCAGGCCACGCCCAUUUCUGUUGACAGACUCCUUCUACAGAGCAGUCUCAACAGUCGGACCAGACUGGACGAGGAUUACUCCGACAUAAGAAGCUCUGCCCACCUCUCAGAGGCGAGUGAAGAGAAGGAUAGAGGAACAGAUGGAGAAACAAAUGAAGGGAUAGAUGGAGAGAUAGUAUGUGAUCUUUCCUCAGCGCUCCAGGAGCUCCAACGUGCAGAACGAGAGGCGGCGCUACACCCUGAACAUGCUCAUUCUCACCACAUGUGGGCACAAAAAAUACGCAAAAUCCGCUUGGAGCUAUCUCACAUCCAGCAAGCGCUGCAGAGGACCACACAGGGUCCCCUUGACCUGUCCCUCAAAAAAGAGCCCGUCGCAAUGACCACCUCACCUUUGGGUGAAAAGAAGGAAAUAAAACAGCAUUCAGCACAGCGCCAUUAUAUGGGCUCUGAGACAGGAGAAGAGGAGGAUGAGGAGGAGGAGAUAGAGACAGAGGACGAGUGGAAGAAGCGUUCUCUUGACGUCCUGAUUAGGAUGGGUCAGUCCGAGGGCGUUUCCAUUGUGACCCCGGGUGUUGCCAUGGUAAAGUCAGAGCCGUUUAUGGGUGAUGGAGAGGCACUGUGGAACAGCAGAACCAGGAAGUGUGAAGCUGACUCCAGUGUUCGGGUGUGUUCUAAAACCCCAAACUGCCCCCCAAGCCCAAUAAAUGCUUCCUCAGUACAGUGA